GCCGUAAGGAAAAGGAAAGAAGCGGCGGCGCUCGUGGUGCGCUGGGUGCGGGACCCUCCGCUGCGCGGCCCCGGGGCAGGGUGUAUGCAGGGAAGUUGAACACGUUGAUUCCUUGCCAUGCGUCCAGUGGCACGGAGUGUAACUUUAAUUUUCAUCUACAUUUCAAGCAGAAGAGUCUUCAACAACUGCACUCUUCUGCUGUGCAUGGGGAGAAGAAGAGGGUGAGGGUGGGUCACACUGAAGACACAACAUGAAAAUAGAAUGCAAAGGACAUAUCCCAGCAUGCAAUGUUCCCUCCUGUUUGGCAAUACAGAGAACGAUCUGAAACUGAUUAGAUGCUGGCAGCAGCCGGACCCUUUUCGCCAUGUGUGCUUGUGGAGGAUGAAGCUGUGCUGCCUCCUGCUGGUUACUUUAUGGCUGUGCAUGGCCACCCUCAGCAGCAGCUCAGAGCGCUGUGAUGACUGGGGAGUGGAUACCAUGAAACAAAUCCAGGUCUAUGACGGGGAACCAGCUAGGAUCAAAUGCCCGCUCUUCGAGGCCUUCUUAAAAUACAACUACAGUACAGCUCAUUCGGCCGGCUUAACCCUGAUCUGGUACUGGAUUGGACAGGACUGGGACCUGGAGGAGCCAAUCAAUUUCCGUCUCCCGGACAAUCGGAUCAGUAAGGAAAAAGACACCCUUUGGUUCCGGCCUGCCCUUCUUAAUGACACUGGGAAUUAUACCUGCAUGCUCAGAAACACAACCUAUUGCAGCAAGGUCGCGUUUCCCCUGGAGGUUGUUCAGAAGGACCAAACUUCUUGCGUCAGCCAAUCAAUAAAACCCACCGAAGAGCUGUUCUAUUUGGAGCAUACUAACGAGAAGAUCAUUUGUCCAGAUAUUGAUGGCUUUUAUCCUCCCAGCGUAACACCAACUGUCAACUGGUACAGGAACUGCGUGUUGGUGAAAGGCUUCCACGACCGAUAUCCCGAAGGCCCAACGCUCAUCAUUGGCAUUGUCCGCAGUGUGUACGAAGGCAAUUACACCUGCAUUGUGAGCUACAAGGAGAACGGAAGGACCUACAACCUCACCAGAACCAUAAGGAUGAAGGUAGUAGGGUCUCCAGACAAGGCAAUGCCACCGCAAUUUCUCUCUCCAAAUGAGAAAAUAAUCUACGAACUCGAAGCAGGUGCCGAGCUUGUUCUGCCGUGCGAAGUUUACUUCACCUUUCUGAAAGAUUCCCGAACGGAGGUUUGGUGGACAGUUGAUGGAAAAAAUACAGACGAUAUCACAGACCUGAAAGUAAAAGUCUCUGAAAGCGUAUUUACUGCCGACCUUGGACAUAAGCAUAUCACAAGGACUCUGACCAUUUCCAAGGUCACACCCAAGGACUUGAAGCGUAACUACACUUGUCAUGCCAGAAACACCAGAGGGGAGGUUCACCAGGCGGCUGUGGUGAGAAUGAAAGUUCUAGCUCCAAGGUACACCGUGGAACUGGCCUGCGGACUAGGAGCCACCGUCUUGCUGGUGGUGAUCCUGAUUGUCGUCUACCACGUUUAUUGGCUCGAAAUGGUUCUCUUCUACCGGGCUCACUUUGGAACGGACGAAGCCAUCCUAGACGGGAAGGAGUAUGACAUUUACGUGUCCUAUGCCCGGAAUGCCGAGGAAGAGGAGUUUGUGCUGCUGACCCUGCGCGGAGUCCUGGAGAAUGAGUUUGGAUACAAGCUGUGUAUCUUCGACAGAGACAGCCUCCCCGGGGGAAUUGUCACAGACGAAACUCUGAGCUUCAUCCAGAAAAGCCGCCGCCUGCUCGUUGUGCUGAGCCCCAACUACGUCCUUCAGGGCACGCAAGCCCUCCUGGAGCUCAAAGCGGGGCUGGAGAACAUGGCCUCUCAGGGCAGCAUCAGAGUCAUCCUGGUCCAGUACAAAGCCAUCAAGAAGAGCAAGGUGAAGGAGCUGAAGCAGGCCAAGACUGCACUCACUGUCAUUAAGUGGAAGGGCGAGAAGUCCAAGUACCCACGGGGCAGGUUCUGGAAGCAGCUGCAGGUGGAGAUGCCACUGAAGAAGAAGACGAGGCGCACUACCAUCAGUGAACAGGAGCUUUCUGAUUCCUGCCUGCGAGAUGUUUGAUAGAGGAGGGGAUAGCGAGGCUGGGGAGGGGACAAGAACGUGUCCUCUGAGGGUUUACAGUGAAGGAUUCCAUCUCGAGCAUUUCAGAAUGGCACCUCAAACUGCUCUGGUCAGAGAAGAGCUCACUGGCCACUGUUUCAAAUGUGCCCCCUUUUAUUUAGCUGGACAGGACCUGGUCGGCAUUACAUCCACUCUCAGGGUCUAAAUAUUUGCCAUCCAGGAGGGGUGCAAGCAUCCUUUGGGGGAAGGGAGGUGUUUGCAUGGGUCAGCGUUCUCACUCUUGGGAUAUGAGCUGAGCCCUGCCCCUCUAUUCUGGGACCUCUAUCCUGCUUUCUCUCCUUAAGACUUUUCAUCCCUUCUGAUUAUGGCUUGUGGCAGUAGCGACCCCUCAUAGAUGCACCGGGCCAGUUUGAACAAAGUCACCAGACUGGCUGUUAUGUGUUCAGUAAGAAUCCUUGGAGACGGGAGUGGCCACGUUGCUCAUUCAGACACUCCUGAUUUCUGCUUCAGGAUGGGACGUACACUACAGCACAUGUUCACACCUAACACUCAACUGGCCCAUACCGUUCCCGGACGUGUUCCCAUGGGAACGACUUCCUUCAGGGACUUUACAAAUGUGAAGCGAUUGUCACGGAAACGUACUUAUGUUUUGUUGUGAAGUUACUCCUUGGUGGUAUUUGUUUUACAGCCCUUCUGGCAAAAGCUGGCCCAGCCCAGAAACUCAUGGCAGUCUUCUGAGUUUCCAAGCCCCUGUGGUGCCCAAUCCUCAGAAUCGAGGGGAGUUUCGCCAUUCAUACAGUGCCACAGAGCCUGCCUUCACAUGCAUGUGUGACCCUUAUUCGUAGAACAAGCUCAGGGACUUCACAAGGGUUGCAGACAGUUCCGUUUUACUGCAGGGAAGAGUAAUGUCCCUGUUCAACCUAUGCUGCUCAGCAUUGGAAAACACUGUGGAAGGAGUUCAAGGAGACAUUUUGUUUCAAAACCAAAACCCAAACCACCUCUCUCCAAGUUCUGCCCACAUCUACAUGCACUUGGUACGUGAGUCAACCAGCACAUCUGUUGCUGCCAGACAUGCUUGGGAUGGCACUUCGGAGAGCCCACUUUCCACUGGGAUAUCUGCACUUACUGCUCUCCCGGCUCAGACGUGCAGCAAUGACAACAUUGCUUGUAUUUCACAGUAUAUAACAGGCAGACCUCAGCAGCUUUUGUUGAGACACCUAGGACUGAGUCUGCACUAGGGUGACCAGAUGUCCCAAUUUUAUAGGGACAGUCCUGAUAUUUUUGGGGGGUUUCUUAUAUGGAAGACAAUUACCCUCCACCCCCAUCCCAAUUAUUCACACUUGCUGCCUGGUCACCCUAGUCUGCACAUACUUCCCAGAUUUUCGGGGAAGGCUGAAUGCCCCCUGCACAGAUUUUUAAGGAGUAUGAAGCAAUAAAGCAUUUUUAUUUAUUCUCUUGUCCUGAUGUUUGGUUUUGUAGAUCCACAUUUUUUAAAACAGCGGUUAUGGAAGUGUAUUUGCCAACCUGUAUUUUGUUUCUGAAUUGCCACUCUCUGAAGUGAGAAGCACCAAGGACACUAGCAGGGCUGGAUGUGCAAGAAGCAGUGCGACGCACGAGGGGAGUGAUUCUGGGCCGCUGGCACAUAUCUGACUGGUCCUGACAAGUGUCUUUCCUGGUCUUAACAGUGCCUGUCAGUGCUGGGCCCCAGUGCACCAGUGCACCAGUCCUGCCCGCCUUCCAGCUGUUCCUUCACAUUCUCCCUCUGUUCCCCCCCGAUGACGUCAGUGGUAAAGCCCCCCUGUCAUCCGUGGCAGCAGGGUUAGGCCAGGAGCUUUUGAAAAUUCCACUCUGGGCUGCUUUACCCUGGAUUAGACAGGAGGCAGCGGCACUGGCCGGAAGAAUCAAGGGCUUGGCUUGCAGGCCUUUCCCAUUGUCAGCUCGCUGGGGCAAGCAUUGGACUCAUUACCGAGCCCAGCAUAAUGGGGCUGGUUCUGGCUGGCGCUUUGAGACUCUGCUGUGAUAGAAAUGUUUACUAAUGAUAAAUAUUAGAGGACAAUCGGUUCUCAGGGCAGGUCAGCUCUGCCAUGCUUUCCUAGGGAAGGAGGAUUGGGUUUUCCAUGUGUCUAGAUUUGUUAAUCAUUUACUAUUGUCCUAAAAUUCUUUGCCUCCCUUGAGGCACCUAGAUGUCUUGGUACGUGGGGACGUUUUUGCUUUAUUCUGGAACUGAGCGUUACUCCUGGUAAAUGCGCGUACAUUGUUUGUGUCUAAGAUUGUAACUCUUGGUUGACCUGUAACUCGCCCUGCCACCCGAGCAGCGUCAGGCUAUCCGGAGCUGCUCACAAGCGCGAGUACCAACCUCAGGGCAGAUUGUGAAGAAAUGGCACAAAGCCCAAACUGAGUGUGAGUCCGAUACCUAGAUUUCACUAGCCAAGUAUCUAGUGUGAACUCAAGCACCGUGACAGCCUUAACAUGGAGUCACAGACAGUCCCCUUGGGCAAUCUAAUCUAGCUUGCCACCUAGGUAAGCUUGUCCUUGUGAUAGAUGGUCCAUUGCCCCCCAAAAUCACAGCAAUAUUCAGGUUAUUCCUAGUCCCGAAUGUCCAGUCAUUCCCCAGGUCAGUGGCACCCUAGACCUCUCACCAAAGCCAACAGCUGUAGCCAAUCCUAUAAUAAAUCUUGUUUUUUUAUUAAGUAAGACAAGAAAUUAAAGCUCUUUCCAAGGUUACAGCAGGUCACAUAUGCACACAAAUGGGUUACUGUCUGAAAUUACAAAGGGAUAAUAGAAGCUGCUGUAAUAUGCAAGUUCUGUGUCCUUUAGGACUAACCUAUGCUAAACCCUGGGGUCUCUUGAUUAGGCUUAGAAAUCUUUGCCCCUAAGCGUUCAAGCAGCACAGAGCUUGAGGUUCUUCUUGCUGGGGAUUGUUAUUCCCUUCCUCCCCGAGCUCUAACUGAUGGGAUGAGUUUACAUGCAGGCCUCCUCUUCUGGGAGGGCGGGGAAAGGGGGCGAAUGCAAUUAAUAAUGUCUUUUUUCUUUGACAUUUCGCAGUGGCUCACAGGGCCGUCCUUAGGCAUAGGCAACAUAGGCAGCUGCGUAGGGCACCUGAAAAUUUGGG